AUGGGUUCACGAGCAGAAAUAGACUGAUCAAAGAGAACUAGAGGGAGGGUAUUUCGUUUCUUGACUCGCACUUGCUCAGGUCCUGCAGUUCCUGAGUUCAAAGUUUGGUGUAGUGUUACAGGUCCGUCGUCAAUUGUGAUUGUGAUCAUUUCCUGAUUGAUAUCCAUUAAAUAUGCUUUUAUCAACUGAGUAGUAGGUAAUGUUGAGUUCAAUCGAAGAUAACCAGUUAGCGGAAUAGACGAUUUGAGCGGAUGAAACCCUAAUAUCGACUGUUGCAAUGGACGUAGCUGUAACGCUUUUAAGAAUAACUCCUGUUUGAGCGUUGAUGAUGUUGAGCGCGGCACCGGUGCCUGUGAUAGUCACGUUUGCUUCGAAAACGACGUUGAAUUCAUCUCCGGCAUUGAACACAUCUGAGCAUCGAACGUUGGUGACAUUAGGAACCAUGUAAGUGUGAUGAUCAGUGGUCACAGGCUCCUUCUUAAUAUCAGUGCAUUUUCCCAGUGGAGGUGUUGUUGUCGAUAUAAACGGCGUUGUAGUUGGAGU